GGCAGCAUCUCUGCACAGCGCCGGGCAGAGGGAAGAGACGCACCGAGCUGCUUCACCGGGAGAGAGGAGCGAUCCGAGCAGAGGAAAGGAUGCUUCUCUCCUCUGAUUUCUGACAAGAACUUGGAUUUUUUUUGGAAAAAAAAAAAUAUAUAUAUAUAUAAUUUGACUGAUUUUUCUCUGCAGAGAGAACUACACAGGGACUGUUUCGACGCAAAGAGCAAGCCAAUGAAUUCCCCCUUGUCUGGUAAGGAUAUACCAAAAGGAGAGACUUGUGAUGAUGCUUAUUUGACAAGAAGUCAGUGGAAUAAGGGAGUCGUGAGAAUAACGAAUUUCUCUUCUUUCAGGGGGAGAAGAUAGACUUUUUUUUCUGCUACAGUUUGAGAGGAGAGAAAAGGGAGGAAAAAAAAGGAAAAGCAGAAAGGCUCACAGACGCAUGAGACAAGAGACGGGGGAGGUAGAAGAGGAUUAACCGAUCAGGAAAGAAAUAAAGAACAAGCAUCUCUAUUGAUUUGUGACACAUUGUAGUGACAAACGACUCAGAGAAGCACCGAGGGGAUUUUUUUUUUUUUUUUACUUAUUUUUCAUAGAGGAAAGGACACUGCAAAACGACACAGAUGAUCAUUUUCAGAAUGAAGAUCGGACACCGGCUGUGGAAAGUGUGGAUUUGAAGCUCCCAAUUACUUUGUUUUGGUGUUGAAAUGGAACUGAAGGGAGCACAUACAUACUGACGAUAGCCAUCGAGAGCGCAGGUUGCAGAGACAACCUGUGCGCCCGUCCCUCCUGCCCGCUCUGCGUCUCUGCUUACUCUCUGUCUCUCUCUCUCUCUGUGGAUGUUCGCUGAAUUCAUUUUUCGGAUGUGAGGGAUUUAUCUAGUCUAUGUUAGAAGGAGGAGGCAAAGAAAAACGCUUCUCUCUCUCGCUCUCCCUUUCACUCCCCCCGCUCUCUCUGUCCCCCCUCCGUUUUCUGGAUGUGAAGCAGCAUGCGGCCCGGUGAGAGCUUGGAGGGCUCGCGCUCGGCUCGCGGAAGAUGUAUUGAUGCAAAUAAUCUCGCUAAUAGCGUCACGGAACGCUGUCUUGCUCUCCCCUCGUCGAGGAGGAGGAUGAUGAUGAAGAAGAGGGUGACGACGAAGAAGAGAGGGAUGAACGGGAGGAUGACGGACGGAGGAAUGAAGGCGAUGCGCUAUUUUCUCUGGACUCUUGUGCUGUGCUCGCUCUCUUCUCGCGCGCAAGGCUUCAUCUACACCUGUGGGGGUACACUGAAAGGACGAAAUGGCAGUAUAGAAUCGCCUGGUUUCCCCUACGGCUACCCCAAUGGAGCAAACUGCACCUGGGUUAUUGUUGGGGAGGAAGGAAGUAGAAUCCAGCUCAUCUUCUUGUCAUUCGCCAUAGAAGAAGAAUACGACUUCCUGUCCUUGUACGAUGGACACCCCCACCCUGCUAACUUCAGAACAAGGUUAACAGGCUUCCAGGCUCCUCCCCCUGUCACCAGCACAGGGAAUGUUUUCUCCUUGAGGUUGACCAGCGACUUUGCCGUUUCUGCUCAUGGCUUCAAACUCAACUAUGAAGGUCAGAACGUGUCUGUUUUUGUAUAAAUGUUUGUAUUUCUUGUUUGCAAACUGAGCUGUUUUUAAAA